CCGGAUGUCGAUGCUUGUGAUCUGUGCAUUGGGAGGGGCGGCCUGAGGACCAUCGACCAGGCGCUGCAGGUCGGCGCUGACGGUACAUGGUGGCGAGGGCAUACAUCGGGCUGCGAAGGGACAGCUCACCUCGGCCUGGAACUGGCUGGCCAUUUCUUUGAUCAUUGCCUUCUUGCCUGCGACCGCAAAUAGCCCGAGUCGAUCGGAGGAGGAUCAGCCGCGAGCAGUGACACCGAGACAAUCGUCGAAACGGAAUGCUUGCUUGCACUGCCCUCGUGGUUUCGCUAUCCCUAUGCUCAGCUGCUUCACCUGUUCCGGAUCGCCCGGCAAUCAACACAAAGUAACAUGUUGGGGGCGCAAGCGAGGACAGCUCGAAAAAGUGACGUAGCCGGUCUGCUGCUGGGCCAAAGGCUGCCAGAGGAAGCCGCGGCCGGUCGGCGCUCGCGAAGCCGAACAUCGGAGGUAUGGCCGAUAUCUGCCAGUAAUUUCGAAUGUCCGUCGCUGCUUGUCGCUGCUUUUCAGUGCCGCUCGUUGCCUGUGGGUCCUUCCCGGUGCAGGUCGGGCUCGGCAGAUCGUGGAGAGCAAUCUCUUGGGCGGGCCCUGGCGAGGCCGAGAGCCGAUCGCCAGCCAAUCGCCCCUUCUCUGCUCCGACUCUUCCCUUGCCCGACUCGUCUCUCAUUUCCUGGCCCCCCAGUUCGUUUGGGCACCGCCAUCCCAAGCAGCUGCCGUCUCCAGCCUGCCCAAGACGACGACCCAAGAGCUUCUGCAACUCCCACCCACCCACUCGCAGCCAACCAACCGGCCAUGAGCAUCCACCAGUCGCUGCAAUCCGGCUUGGCUCGGACAGCCUCGAUGGACAAGCCGAUCGAGAGCCGCACGCGCAAGCUUUCGGCAACCCAAGCACCCCCGCCUCAACAGCUGCUGCUCAUGUCCCAGGCGCCGGCCUCGACCGAAACUGCUCUGUCGUUGCUGGCCACUCAGCGAGAGAAAAAAUCCCAGCAGAAGCUCUCCAUCACCAACAACUACUUCCUGCCCAUCAAGCAGCUGAUACGGCAGGGCAAUCUGGCCCAGCUCAAGAAGCUCUAUUCCGAGAAAAAGUUCCCCCUGCAGAUGCCAGACCCACAGAACGGAUGGCCGGGGCUGUUCUAUGCAGCUGCAUAUGGUCAGAACGACAUUCUCAAGUUUUACCUCGAUGCUGGGCACGAAGCCGAGAAAACUGCGGUGGAUCUUCGAGGAAACACUGCCCCGAUGGUUGCCGUCGAGCAUGGCAAUGAGCAGGGCUUUGCCAUGUACUUUGAAAGGUUCCCCAAGGUCCUGGACAUAUGCAACCUGAACGAAGAGACACUCCUUAUUCUCGCCGUACGGAGAGGUCUCACCAAGGCCGUGAAUACACUUCUUGAUGCUGGUGCCGAGAUCAACAAACCCGACAAGGCUGGAAAUACCCCGCUUCACCACGCUCUGGCUUUCGGACACUUUGAUCUGAUCGCCCUUCUGAUCGAGCGGGGCGCGGAUCCCAAGAUCAAGAACAAGCUCGAGUGGGUGCCGCUCGAGUACGCCUACUCGUUUGAAGUUGCUGACUACAUGCAAGAGUGCCUUUGUGCGCACUCUGAGCACAGAUCCUUGCGGCGAAAGGACACAAACACAACUCACUCAAGUCUCGGCCAGGGAUCGGCCCAGCCAGACGCUGUCCGAAUGCUCUUCGACCGAGGCGUCUGACAGGCACCACUACAGAAUGGAUCGGCACGAGCGCUGAUUCGAUCGAAGCCACUGCCAAACUCGAGUGAGCCGCCGCUGCAGGAUAAGGUUGCUCCUUGAUUUGAGCGCUGGUUGUCAUUUUCUGGAACCUGAACCUGAACACGCACACGUCUGCCCGGCAUGCAGUCGGAAGC